UCGCGCAAUACAUUGCUAGGCGAUGGUGUAAGCUUACAGCCGUCCGUCAGCCGCACCAGGCUAGAGACGUCGAAACGCAAAGAGAGCAUCAAGUUUGGUACUGCUACUCACGGUGGUGUGUUGUGGUGUAUGCUGACUAGCAUUUUCCACUGGCUAGCAGGUUUGACACUAUUUUUAUUUACGGUCCACUAUCUGUACUACAUCGUGACCGCGUUACGAAGCCCGUCCAGCAGCGGCGGAGGCCACAGCAGGAUGCAAUCCGAGGACGCAAAGUACAUCAAAAAACGAUGGAAGGGUGGAACCAUCGAACCGCAUCCUACAGAGAAGGCCCUCAUCGUGAACUACAAGCUAGAGGCGGCAGUCUUUGGUGAACCUGGAGAUCCAAUGCUUGAGGAUAAAAAGGACUGCCAGCGGAUCAUACGCCUCAAAUCAUUGAACGCCAGAACUGACCCAGCCGUGUUGGCCCGAGAAGUGGUGGAAAAGUGCGAUCUCAUUCACAAAUCACAACUGUCCGAUAUUGAACAAAUCAUCUACUAUUUGAAGAAUCGCAAGAAUGUAGAGAAUCCCUCGACCGCUGGAAGCAACGCAUCCAAUGGCGCUUCCGGUUUGCGCGCAUCGUCGCGCUCUGUUUCCGGCAAGAUCAGUCCACACGAAACUGAGAAGGCCUCGAUUCGCAAUAUCGACGAGUACAUCGAGUUGCUUUAUGAGGAUCUUCCGGAGAAGAUCAAGGGUUCGCGACUGAUUUUACAGCUGGCUCGCGAUCCGGAUAAUUUGGGCGAACUGGAAAAGAAUGAGGCCGUGCUCAGUGCAUUAUCCCGAGUUCUUCGAGAAGAUUGGCGUCGCUCGUUGGAUCUUUCUACUAACAUAAUCUAUAUCUUUUUCUGUUUCUCGACAUACACAAACUUCCACUCGGUGAUAGUGAAUUAUAAGAUCGGCUCGCUCUGCAUGGACGUAAUUGACUACGAGCUGCGCCGGUAUGAUCAAAUGAAAAACGACUUAGAUGCACGUAGAGGAUCUAGUGGUGGCAGUGGAGAAAAGGGACUGAAAGAGAAGGAAAAGGAGGUUAACAAGAGUGCCGAAUAUCUCGAUACGAUCGUUGACCAAGAAAAGCCCAAAGAAAUGGAACCUCCGCGGCGACGAAUACCGGAGCUUAAACAGCGACCGAAGUCUGGCAACUGGUCCAGCUAUCACGGUAAUAUGAGCUCGUCACUAGUGAAGGCGCACAAUAUGAAUAACAGCUAUCAUGAGCAGUUGUCCAGAGAGACGACGGCCUCGAAUGAUAGCCUCAAUUCAAACCAUUCUCCGGAUAGUGAGAAACCUGAUCCAAAGAAGCAGAAAGAUGAUUACGAUAAGAUUAACAAACAGUUUAAGAUUUUCGCUAAAAAGCAGGAACAAUUGCUGAGGGUGGCAUUCUAUUUACUGCUGAACAUUGCCGAAAAUGUCAAGCUGGAGGAAAAGAUGCGCAAAAAGAGCAUCGUAAAAAUGUUACUGAAAGCCUUGGAGCGGCAGAACUUUGACCUGCUAGUGCUGGUCGUAACAUUCCUAAAGAAACUUUCGAUUGUUCGCGACAACAAGGACGAAAUGUAUGAGCUGAAUAUAGUGGAUAAACUGCCCCGUCUUUUACAAUCCCAAAAAGAUUUGGUGCAAGUGACCCUUAAACUGCUGUUUAAUCUUUCAUUCGACGCACGGCUGCGAGCCAAGAUGAUACGGGUUGGUUUUUUGCCAAAGCUUGUCACCUUUUUGAGCGACGAUAAGCAUCACGAAAUAGUGACGAGAAUUCUCUACCACAUGAGUUUGGACGACAAGAUCAAGUCUAUGUUCACCUACACUGACUGCAUUCCGGUGGUGACCGAUAUGCUGCUGUUGAAUUUAAACCAGAAGUCCGAUCCACACCUGAUUGCACUUGGAAUCAACCUAGCUCUGAACAAGCGAAACGCAGCGCUAAUGAUCGAGAACAAUCGGCUCCACAAUUUGAUGUCCCGAGCGUUCAAGUACCAGGACACGCUGAUGAUGAAGAUGAUACGCAACAUUUCACUGCACGAAUCAUUACGGCUGCCCUUUGUGGAUUUUGUCGGAGAUCUGGCCAAGAUUUUGACCGAGUGCGAUGACGAAGAGUUUACUGUGGAAUGUCUCGGAAUACUGGGCAACCUUGCGCUACCCGAUCUGGAUUACUCGCAAAUCAUUCACAAUUUCAACCUCAUUCCGCUAAUCCGAAAUAUGCUAGUUCCAGGUAAGUAUAAGGAUGAUUUGGUACUGGAGACGGUCGUUUUCCUGGGUACUUGCGCGUCGGACGAAUCCUGCGCUAUGCUGCUGUGCAAAGCGGACGUGAUCCUGUCACUGAUUGAGCUGCUAAAGGCAAAGCAGGAGGACGACGAAAUGGUGCUGCAGAUCGUGUUUGUCUUCCAGCAGGUGCUGCGCAACGAAAGCACCCGGGUUUACAUGAUCAAGGAGACCGAGUCGCCGGCCUAUCUGAUCGAUUUAAUGCACGACAAGAAUGCCGAAAUCCGAAAGGUGUGCGAUUUCUGUCUGGAUAUCAUUGCCAUCAGUGACAAUGAGUGGGCUUCGCGCAUAAAGUUGGAGAAAUUCCGCAAUCAUAACUCCCAGUGGUUGAGUAUGGUAGAAACGCAGGAGGAGAUCGACGAUAUUCAGGACUAUGGACCAAUGGAUGAUGACGAUGGAGAUAUUCCGGCGUAUCUGACGUCCGACUACCUGGAUCAGUGCAUGCUGUACCAGUCCGGAGAAUCGAAUGACGACGGAGAGGCGAACAAUCGCUCGACUUCUGCGAUGUCGAACUACAGCAGACCGACCAGCCGCUAUAGUCGCGACUUGGAAGAUUUUGAAGUGAUUUCCUAAGCGGUGUCCGUGACAGAAAAUUAUACUCAACAAAACUAGCUUUGUUCGCACUAAUAUAAUUGUACAUACACACUCUAUUUUUAAGAAUUAUAGAACGUGCAAACAGAAAUAUCACAAAUUAAAGCGUGACAAAACUUACUUACAACAAAAAAUAAUCUGCUGGCUGCUAGUGAAUGUGCUUUGCGCCCAUUAAAAUUGGGAUUCUCCAAGCUUUAAGAUUAAGAAAACCGACAGUAACUAUGCAACAUCCAGUACGAAAUAUCUACAUAAUGCAGAUUUUUUAAAAACCGAGUACGCGAACAAACUUGAUUAUUUAUAGUAGGCAACAAUAUUUAAUGCGAACGUUACAACUAACGACGUCGUGGAGUAUCUCGAACAAAGAUGUCGCUUCGAGGAUAAAGAUUAAAAACUAACUAUCUCAGCAAAAAUGUAUUAAUAUAUCUUAAUAAUUCGCACGACUUCAAUCACCGUUUUCCUUAUAAUUUUCUACUUUAGGACCAAUCACUUUAAUAUUUAUAACUUCUUCCCUUUAGUGUAUAGAAUAUUGAGGCUUUCGAUCCAGACGAAUGGACCAUGUUGUUUCUACCAAAAGUAUAACUAUAUUACUCACGCGCACGGUAGUUCCCAAUUAUCUCUAGUACAGGGACAUAUGUGUUUCCUCACGUGCACCUUUUCCCACCCAGCUUGUCCUAAGAGAGUUAAACACAUACGAAUGUAUUUUUAAAUGCAAUUAUUAACGUAACAAAUGCGUGUGUAUGAUAUAUCAGAGUGAUCUAAACGUUAGAAAAAAAAUUCGAUUUGUAUGAGUUUCCCAACUGCGGAAUGUUCGUAGAAAUUCGUGAAUUCUAGUCCUAUUUUCGUUUGUGAUACGGAUGUUCAAUAUCUUUAAUCUAAUCUAUUCUACCGGUCUUUUUUAUAGUUUAUUAUAGUUUUUAUAUUUUUUAUAGUUUUUUUUUAUUAUUCAGGUGAUUGAGCGUGAGUUUUUCGCAAGUUUCGAUAUAAGUGCUUAUAAGAAAUGUAUUAUAAAAUUUUAACAGAUGCGUUUAAUAUGUAGAAUGUGCAUGACAUAAAGCAACAACCAAAAGCGUGGAAAUUAACAAAUAUAAAAAUAAGAAAUAAAA